UACAAGUCAUACAACAACUCUUUCAUCAAUUUUUCUUUCUGCGUUCUUCUAUCUCCGCCUCCGCCUCCGCCUCGUCGCCGCCGCCGCCUCCGUCUCUUACUAACCGUUCUCUAAUGGAGAAAUCUCGGGAAAGUGGUUUCUUGUUCUGUAACUUGUGUGGGACAAUGCUCAUCUUGAAAUCAGCUACGUCUGCAGAAUGUCCACUAUGCCAAACAACACGAAAUGCAAAAGAAAUCAUUGGCAAGGAUAUAGCUUACACAGUUUCUGCUGAGGAUAUCAGAAGAGAACUAGGAAUAUCUCUGUUUGGUGAAAAAACGCAGGAAGACGCUGAGCUACCAAAGAUCAAAAAAGCGUGCGAGAAAUGCCAGCACCCUGAGCUUGUAUACACAACCAGACAGACAAGAUCAGCGGAUGAAGGACAGACAACAUAUUAUACUUGCCCCAAUUGUGGCCACAGAUUCACAGAAGGUUGAGAUUACUAGUAUCAUCUCCAGUAUGCUUCUUGUGACUCCAUUCUCAGAGAAUGCCAGUUUUGUUUCUUACAAUCGAUAUUAGAAAGUCAAUAUUCAAUGUCAUCAUAGAAACCUUUUUGUAUUGUUUCUUACAUUAAUGUUACAAACUAGAUGUCAUUAUAAGAAACUUUUUUUCAAUA